AUGAGUUGGGAAUGGCGACGACACAACACCUCGCGCAACAAUUAUGACAGUGUCAACGCAUUACCUCCAGACCGUGACUAUUCUUCUGAGUUUGACAUAUUUGACUCGCAACCCACACCAGUUGAAGCACAUCCUUGUCAUGAAGUAAAGGAAAUUAAAGACGUGAAACAUGCAAGUGACUUAAAGUGUUUCAACCACGGAGUACAACACGUUUCACAACAACGUGAGAGUCAAAUUGUAUUGCAUCAAGAAACACAAUUAGACAUUAUUAAUGACUUUCAAGAGAAGGAAGAUAUACAACCACUUAUUACUUCUACUGAAAACAGAGAAGAACUUUCUCGAGAUCAAAGUAAUAGUAGUGUCAAUGUACAUGAAGAAAAUGAAAUUGCUGAUUCCAUACUCCGUUUACCACUAACCCCAUCAACUCAUAUUCAAACACCAAACACUUUCAAUGAAGAGUUCAAACCAAAGCGGAGAAUACCUCCAGAAGAACUCCAAAACUUUGAUAAACCGGAAAAUUGUUCGUUUCCUGAGAUCGCAUCACAAGACCCUUUUAAGGAAGAUACAUUUGAUCCACAAGACUCUUUUCUCUUCAUCGGCCCUACAAAGCAUUCAUACAUCUCUACAGUCUAUCAAAAAAUUACUAAACUGUUGAAAAAGAAAAACGUGAAAGCCGUCUUCUUUAUGGAUGUUGUCGAAGUGAAAGAAGGUGAGAAGUUCCCACCAUCACCAUGUCCCGUCUAUAUCUUGUCUCUUCCAUUCUAUAAAGAGCAAUUAGAAAAAGUUAUUGUUGGCGAAACGACUAUACUCUCUGGUAUUGGGUCGUUCUAUAUCGAUAAGUACUCUUUCGUGUAUUCUACAAUCGACGAAACGGUCGACGCUGUCCAAUACAAAACGACUAAACAACUCAUCAAAAACUUUUACCCUAAAGAGAACUGCACCUUCAUGCUGACAUCUUACUGGCCUUCAUAUGUCCUCGACAGACUUUCACUCUCGUCCAAACCAACUUUCAAAGUGACAUACAGCGAUGUCGCAGCAAUUUUGGCGAAAGGGACAAACCCUAAUUAUCACUUCACGUCCGGUAAAAUGUUUUAUCAACGCCCACCAUUUAGAACGGAAAUCGAAAACAAAACUGUCAUCUCCGAGUUUUACUCCCUUGCCCCAGAGACCGAAUACAAGAAGUGCAAAAGCGUGUUUUUAGUCCAACCAAAGAAACAACAAAAAUGGGAGAACAACAUCAAUCCGUAUGACAGAGUCAAAUUUUCGAAAGCCGUUUUCAACGAGUUGGAGAGUGAGAGACAAAGACUUGUGGGCCAGAAGGAGAGGCGGAAAGAGGCUGCAAAAGAUGUACAGAAGAGUAGUGUUGAACGACAUACCCCACCACCCAAAGAGACAAAACCGAUCAAACAAAGAACUUUGACACCACAAGAGCGACUGUGGACGUGUUGGUUUUGUAUGUCGAGCACAUCAAGUUUUGAUGAUAAAUUGUUGAUCUCAUGUGGAUUGUAUUUCUAUAUAACAUACGCAAAAGGGCCGUUAAUCGAAAGAUGUUUGAAUGUUGUGCCAAUUCACCACAUCGGGAGACUUUCAGAGAUGGUGAAGGAGGGGAUAGAGGAGCUUCAAAAGUAUUUGACUGCUCUGAAAAUGUUUUACAACUCAUUUUCAAGCGAGGUGGUUGGCAUCGAGUGUGUUUCGCAGCGAAAUGAAAGUGGGUUUCCAACACACACAUUCCUCCAAGUCUUCCCACUUGAGAAAAAUUCAGAGAACUUCUUCAUAGACUUUUUAAGAACAAAAAUGGGGAGUUUGCGCGAAGUGAAAAAUGUCGAGAUUGGUCCUUUGGAGGGAUACACAUUUGUCACAACACCGAGUGGAAGGUGUUUCUUUGGGAAACGAGUGAAUGUCAGAAGUAUGAUGUCAGAGUGGUAUCGCGUGAAAGUUGUGAAUUGGAAGGUAUGCCAAGAGGAGUAUUCUUGUGAGGAACGAAAGGCUCGAGAGAUACGACACGACUUUAUGCGGUUUGACACUGUUUUACUUGGAUUGAGAGAUUAG